GACGAACUUUUUUUGAAAAUUUUGCAACAUAGAGCUAAACUGAAGCACUCAGAGAACGUUUUCAACUUUUUUCUUUUUCACAAAUCGAAUAUACUUCUAUUUUACAGUAGCACCAGCAAGCAAAAACUUCUCUUUUCAAGCCCAAACGCCGAAGCACGCCACUACUUACUACGAUAAAGAUUUUCAUAAACAAAGAUCAUUUUUUUUUUUUUGUAUCACUCAGAUUUUCACUCAUUUUUUUUAUUUUUUUUUUUAAUUUUCUCACAAGAACAUCAACAAAACAAUCAUGCCAAUCAGCAGACAAGUGAAGAGUGUGGCUGGAGCGGUAAAGGUUUUGUAGUUUUUCUGGUUUGAUGUCAUGCACGCAAGGCUUUUGCGCUUUCUGGUCAGAGUUGAUGUCUCUCUUGUAAUGGAAAUGGAUUAUGACGAGUUGUGUCGACGCGUUUUAUUUUGUGUUGCGUGCUGCGUGUGCUCCUGGCUGCUAUUCUUCUAGCUUCUCAAAAAAUCCCACAAACUUAGCUCAUCUUAGCAGCAUCCACGGAAGUAGCCCAAGCUUACACAUUCGGAAGAAAGUUCUCUGCUGCCUUCUUUGAGAUUGAUUCUUCAUGGAAACAGUGCAAGAAAAAUCGUCUUGAAGCGUGUUGCAGAAAGACUGGAGAUUGUGUGCGGGAGCAUUCCUCCCAGAAUUUGAAUUUUGUUGCCAAAAGUUGCUGCUGCAGAUGAAUGAACUAUACCAGCUCCGUGCUGCUUGUCAUGACUGUUUAGGGAAAAAUAUCUUAUCCUGCAGCUCCCGAUGUUGUUUAAACUAAAACUCAGGUGGUCAGAGCUGUUACGCAGGGUCCAGGUGGGGGCUAUUCAGAGAUGAAGUGCAGGAGCCCAUUAUUCUUUUUGUGUACCCUACCCCUCGUGCGGCAUAAUUGAGUCUACAUGGGCGGCAGCGAGGUCAUGAACGAUAUGGGAUUUUUCAUUUUCCAGCGAGUUGUAUUCGAAUUUCUAUCUCAACUUGAAGAACUAGGGCUUGGAUGUUCUGUCGAUCCGCGUCCACCGUCCGAGGUGGGCGCAGCUGCAGGACCAUGAUUGAUGAGAAAAACCACGCCUUUUUCAUCUCAUUGUGUAUCUUCAGAUAUUACCUCCAAAAGGGCUCGUUUUUUCGACCUCUGAAAGUAGUUCCCCACCUGACGCUGGCAUACCUGCGACCGUGCUCACCUUGCAGAUUGAGGAACGGCGGGGGGUUAUCGAACAGGAAAAAAAAGAAUAUUGCUAUCACCUUUUUCGCCGUGCAGAUUGUAGUUCUGCCACAGAACAUCAAUAAUAAUGCAGAAAUAGGCGGCGUGCGCGUGCUGCAUGUGGCUUGGCGUAUUGGUUUGGCCUUGAGGAGUCACGUGCAGAUCUUCACCGAGCGCAGCUUUCAAUCCGAGUCCGAAGGCUUUUCUCAUCUGCCACGCAUCUACAUCAGGAGAAAUGUCUCAUGCUAAUUAUAUGUAUGAAAUUUGUACUUGAAGUGCAUUUCUGGUUUCAUGCAACGCACAUAAUUUUCCAGCGUGUGAUGAUUUGAAUUUGAUGGAUGAAAAAGAAAGAGACCGGUACGCCCUGAGACCUAAAACGCGAAACACGACGGAACUACGAAGGUCGCUUGUUAUUUUUCGGGAAAUUAAAUACCGCGGAGCACGUAUAUCGCCCGUGAAACAGAUUGCCCGUUCUCCGGGGAAUCCGCCCUCGCCAACGGGGGUCCGCCCGCUCCCCGGGGGAUCCGCCCUCGCCCCCGGGGAUCCGCCCUCGACCGGGGGAUCCGCCCUCGCCCCCGGGGAUCCGGCCUCAUCCCGGGGGUCCGCCAACUUCCCCGGGGAUCCGCCCUCUUCCCGGGGACCCGCCCGUUCCCCGGGGAUCCGCCCGUUGCCCGGGGAUCCGCCCGCUCCCCGGGGAUCCGCCUUCGCCCAGGGGAUCCGCCCGCUUCCCGGGGAUCCGCCCUCGCCCCGGGGAUCCGCCCGUUACUCGGGGAUCCGCCUUCGCCCCGGAGCGCGCCCAUUUCCCGGGGAUCCGGCUUCGCGCAGGGGAUCCGCCCGCUCCCCGAGGAUCCGCCCGCUUCCCGGGGAUCCGCCUUGGCCCAGGGGAUCCGCCUUCGCCCAGGGGAUCCGCCCGUUACUCGGGGAUCCGCCCGUUCCCCGGGGAUCCGCCCGCGCCCCCGAGUGCGUUGCAAAAUGUGCGCCGGUUUGCCGCAAUGUCCGUGGUGCCGCAUCAGAGGGCUGCGGAGCCCUUCGACGGCCCAUGUGCACAGCCCUCUGGCCUCUGGCCAAAUCGGGACCAUACCACCGGGGGAGGCCCUUCCGAAGCGGCCCAAAUUGGGCCAGAGGACCCGACAGAGGAUCUUCGGACCCUUGGACGGGUCCUCUGUAAAGUCCUCUGGUCAAAUCGAGGCCAUACCACCGGGGGAAGGUCGCUCCAGGCGGUCCAAAUUGGGCCAGAGGACCCGACUGAGGGCCUUCGGGUCCUCUGACGGGUCCUCUGUAAAGUCCCCGGGUCAAAUCGAGGCCGUGCCAUCGGGGAAAGGCCGCCCGAGGCGGUCCAAAUUUUGCCAGAGGACCCGACCGAGGAUCUUCGGGUCCUCUGACGGGUCCUCUGCAAAGUCCUCUGGUCAAAUCGAGGCCGUACCACCGGGGGAAGGUCGCUCCAGGCGGUCCAAAUUGGGCCAGAGGACCCGACAGAGGAUCCUCGGGUCCUCUGACGGGUCCUCCGUAAAGUCCUCUGGUCAAAUCGAGGCCAUACCACCGGGGGAAGGUCGCUCCCUCCAGGCGGUCCAAAUUGUGCCAGAGGACCCGACAGAGGAUCUUCGGGUCCUCUGACGGGUCCUCUGUAAAAUCCUCUGGUCAAAUCAAGGCCGUGCCGUCGGGGAAAGGCCGCCCGAGGCGGUCCAAAUUGCGCCAGAGGACCCGACAGAGGAUCUUCGGUUCCUCUGAGGGGUCCUCUGUAAAGUCCUCGGGUCAAAUCGAGGCCGUACCACCGGGGGAAGGUCGCUCCAGGCGGUCCAAAUUGGGCCAGAGCACCCGACAGAGGAGCUUCGGGUCCCCUGGCGGGUCCUCUGUAAAGUCCUCUGGUCAAAUCGAGGCCGUGCCAUCGGGGAAAGGCCGCCCGAGGCGGUCCAAAUUGGGCCAGAGGACCCGACAGAGGAUCCUCGGGGCCUCUGCCGGGUCCCCUGUGAAGUCCUCUGGUCAAAUCGAGGCCGUGCCUACCAUCGGGGAAAGGCCGCCCGAAGCGGUCCAAAUUGGGCCAGGGGACCCGUCAGAGGAUCUUCGGGUCCUCUGACGGGUCCUCUGUAGAGUCCUCUGGUCAAAUCGAGGCCGUGCCUACCAUCGGGGAGAGGCCGCCCGAAGCGGCCCAAUCAGCAGGAGUGCGCCGGUUUGCCGCGCCUCCCAAUCCGGCGGCAAACAGCACGGGACUCUGCCACUUGGGUCGUUUUCUGUGUUGUUUUGAAACGUUUCGCCAAAGCAAGCACAAUCACGGGCGGGCUGCGUCGCCACAAGAGGCAAAUCGCGUGACAUUUACAAGGCCAAUCACGACGGGAGUACUCUCCGGCGGCCGCGCUGGUUUUUGAGGCUACAGGAGCGGAGGCCGUUGCUUUUUAGGUCCCACAGCGUACCCUUCUCUUUCAUGGUGCUAGCUGUGUUCUUUUACUUUUUUCCUUCCAUACCAAUGGCGUUUGCCCUGCGAGCGGAAGCUUUCAAGAAUGACACUUCGCCAGUUCUUAUCCAUUGCAAAAGAAAAGAUAAAGAAUAGAUCAUGUGUAGUUUUUGUUUGCGCGGUAUUCUGCAACGAAAGGCUCCUAGUCGUGGCGCAGCUGAAGUGGAUUCGCUGCAAUUUGGUCAUUUUGCACGCGACGCCAUUCUAUUUGUGCAAGAAUGCACGUUUCACAAGCACCUGAGCAAGUGCGUGAUGCAUCUUAUGUGAGGCGUCCUGAUGAAGAUUUUCAUCCAACAGCGGCUACUUAAGAAAUUAUCACUAAGCAGCUUUUUGGACAGGUCGCAGCUGAGUACGUAAAGAGCGUUGCGGACUAAUACUAAAAACUUGUUUGUUACGCAAAAGGAGCCUCUACUGAGGUUAGUCGUGAAGAUCAUACGGAGACUACUUUAUUGAUUUGUGCAAUGGAUAUUGCUCGUUCUCCGGGAUACCGACGUCGACAAGGUACGAGCCUAUCAACAUCAUCAUGUAGCAGAAAAGCACAUUGUCCACACGAUAUAGAUAUAGAUAUUCCUUUUCAUCAUGUGAAGCAUAUUUUAAUUUUUCUCCUGCCGACCCUAAGUUCUACUACUAGCAAGCUGAAGUUACCUGCAGUCUUUUUAUUUGUCAUACGAUCAGGUGCAGGGCGACGACCGCGAGCAAUCGGAAGUUUUAUCCCUCCAUAAAUAUGUGUUGCAACGUGUCUGGGUCUGGGUCUGGAAGAGUUGUAGCUUGUGAUGCCACCUGUGAAGCAGUAAGUAGCAGAAUCGCGCGAAAACAUGUUGCACGAACGUGCCUGCAUUCCCGUUUCUUACUACGCAGGGAGUGAACACUUGCAAUGCUUCGUCGUACGGGACAUUACGCUAGGCAUUACGAGGCCUUCGCAAUAGCUGUAUUGUGGUGCAUUGGCUUGCAACACACCAUGCAGCCGUUUGCCUGGUCCUGGUCCAAAAAUAAAUGCAUAUGCAAAAAAAGGCGCAGCCCUUCCAGAUGCACCAGACUGACUUGCGCUUGAUACUCGAUUUGCGGUUACAUUUUCACAUGAUGCGUUGCUGCUUCAUUAUCAAGCAAAAAAGUGUAUAACGUUAAUGGCUUUGAGGCAUUGCAGUCAUGCAUGAAACAAGACUUUCGCUAUCAUGCAUGCUGUGCAAUACAAAUUUAGGCAUCAGCUCUCGUGCAUUCCUGCAUGCCAAAUUCUGUUAACGUUAACACUUUUUCCUGUGAUAUUCAUUAUCCAAUUUCUAUUUACUUUAAUAGUUGUCCUCAUCAAGCAUGCUGGGGGGCCCUGUUUGCAUCAGAAAUAAAGAAAUCGGAAAAAAAAUUGGAGCAGGAACCGCAAGUGUAAAUGUAGCACGACUUUGAGGGGGUUAUAGGCAGCGAAGCAAGAUGGCUUUUCUUCGGCGGCGUCGUGGUCGUGGUGGUGGCCUUUUUCUUGUAUCCAGUGAAAAUAGAAUGUCGGGAAUGUCUCGAGAAUUUGGCGUGCAAACUCGUGGAAGCAGAUUGCUAGUAGUGCGAGUGCCACUGCCAGCAGGUUUUCUAAUGCACACUGACCCACAAAAGCAAAAGUUUUUGCUUUGCAAUAUAGUGCACACAAGACUUAGAUUGAUAAAAAGGACGAUAGUUUAAUUGGGAAACUAUUAACAUGGUUAUUUAUUCGGCUCCGCAAGACAAACUAACAAAAGGCCGCAGCCUAAGCACAGAAUAAUAAACAAGCGACGCCGCGCUUCUGAUUCAGCUUCUCACGGAACUUGCAUGGAAGCGGCGGAGCCGAACACCAUACAUGUUGACAAACGUCAUUUAUUCAAAAUUGCGCUUAAUGCCCGAGACCCGGACAUAUUCAUGCGAUGCAUAUUUGCAGCCCAGACGCGAUCUUCCCCUGUUGAAAUGCCAUCAGCUUCGACCGCCAAACCCGAUGCCAGUGAUUUCCUGCAGAAAACGGUCCGUGUUGGCGAAGAUCGGCUUGGACGCGAAGUCAGCCAGGACGACACCCACGCAGACCGCCAGCUGCCAGUGUAUCGGCUACGCGGGACACGUGCCAAAAUUCUCGAAGCACGCGCCGAGCAUCAGGGAGCCCAAUCCGCUGCCGCCAAUGCCGGAAUCCAUGGCACGCAUGGGGAACAACGGCUAGGGCUCGCCCCUCCGAUUCUUCUCGGUCCAGAAGAACAGCCCGGAGGCGCCCGCAACAAAGUUGGGUCCUGGCAGGAAGGAGGAGCAGAUGAAGCAGAAGCUGCGCAGGAGCAGAACGCCGAAGGGCCAGGAAGCAGUGCGCCAACCGCGGGUUUGGAGCUGUCUGAAAGUGUCUCUUCGGUCGCUCCUGGCGACGAGCCGCAGGCAGUGUUUUAUCUGCGGACGCCUCCCCCAGGGCCCCACGACCUCCACUGGUGGGUUGCUGUCCCGCCGCCGCCCCUCAGUCAGUUUUUGCGUCCCGGCAGCGCACCAAGCCCUCGGUGGUUUCCCGGCAGGGGCCAAGAAUUUGAUUUAACGUUUAACUUCGAGCCUGGCCUUGCCACCAGGAGUCUCGUCAUGGGCUAUGAGAGAAAAUAUGACAGCAUGUUGUACGAGCAACUUCGUAAUGUUGUGUUGUUUCGCUAUUUUUCGUGGUUGCGGUCGCCCAACAAGAAGCCCGGGAUGGAGAUUUUGGUGCACUAUUGCUCGAUACGAGUACAAGAAGGUAGCUGGGUGAGCCGCAUCGUCAAAACCGUUAAACACUAUUUCGUGUCGGUUCAUGACACUUUGCAGGACGUAUAUUACACGCUGGAGUAUGAGGCGGACUACGGAGCCAUGAUUUACGGCCCAAUACACGGCCAGCCCGGGACCAAUUUCCCCUGCCAUGAGGAACCCGUCCUGGAUACAAGCGGUAACGUCCCCAAUUCCAUGUGGUUACCGGGGCCCCACAACGGUUCCGGGGGCUUGGUUGGUCUCGUCGAGACCUUUGCUGCGCUUGUGGACGCGCGCCAGUAUUAUGCGGCGCACUAUCUGCCCGGGGUGCACGAUAUCGAAAGAAAAAGCGUUUGCGUUUACGGUCUUUGGUUUUUUUAAAUAAAAACUUUUUCCGCGGCGUGCAUUGGAGUUCGCUCGUUGACUCUGUUAGCUACUGAGGGCAGGGUAUGGCGAUACGGAUUUCCGCCCACCGGAAUCGCCUUGCGUUAUGCCUUCUCGCCCCUCAAUGUCGGCUCUCGGGACCCGGGCCAGGGCGGUCCAGCCUCGAGGAGUGGUUGGCGCUCAGACUUGUGGGUCUAAGUAGAGCUGGCAUCUGGUUGGCGUCACCACCAGUUCAUCGCUGUGUCCCUUUUCCCAUUUCCAUAUCGUCACUUCGAGCCAGAUUUUCUCCAUGAUUGGAGGAAAAGUUGCAUUUUCGAGGGCGUGGGAAAUUGGCGAGCUUUGGGCACCAAAAUGCCCAAAAUAUGCCGGCACCCAAAAAACCGCAGACACCUUAACUAGGAGGUGCGACGGCAUGAUCGCCAAAAAUGGUAAAAUGGCCAAAAAAACCGUAAGUGGCUUAACUAGACAGAGCGGCGCUUUGCCCGAUUGACCUUCUCAGAACACGUGCUCCGAUGCUUGCAGCUGUUUGAGUGAAGGAAAAUAGACCAUACUAGCAUGCCGUCUAGGUCUAGGUACGGCGUUUACGGUUUCUUUUCGGGACAUGCCAUUUUUCUUGGCCUCGAAAUAGUAGCAAGCCGUUGACCUUUUCCUCGGAUUCUUCAAAUACUUAGAUAAACCGCAAGUAGCGCCAUAUCUAAAAAGGACGCCAUGGCCCAUUUUGCCUGACCCAAGCGCAAGCAGAGCAGCGUCCUGCGUCGAUGGUUGUGGCGCCUUCGGGGGCGCGUCUCACCAUCUACGCCUGGGGCCCUGAGCCACCGGCUUGAGGUCAUCAUUGCCCUGGAGCCCGGACAGCAGGGCUUGGGAAACUCUUUCAAAGCUUUACGGGGCGCAGCAUUGUGGAUCGCAUCUUGCUCGCUAGCUGCCCGCCCCAACAGUUUUAUUACUUCAGAACCCCGAAGGGGCAAAGGGGAUGGCCCAAGGCUGCGAGAAAAAAGAAUCAAAAUUGGUCGCACCGUGUAGCCACAAAAGCUUUUUUCUGCCAAGAAACUGAUAGAGAAACCGUAGACGCGCACGCCUUUUCUUGUGAUGCGCGAUUGCCAGACGUUCGUGGCUGAUUUCGUUAACCUUGUCCGCACGCAAGACGACUGGGCGCUCACCGUUUCGGAGCUCCAGGAAUGGAUUCCGCCGCUGCCGGGGUUUGAAUUUCGCGAUGCGAUCAGCAGGGUGCGCGCGCGACAUUUUCAGUCUACCGACCUUCCCGUGGUGUGGCGUCAGAUGCAAGCGCAGGAGCAAAAGUAUUCGCAGACGAGCCCGAACGUGUACUAUUGGCUACAUGGCAUGUCGGCUCUUGCCAAUGGAGGUUUUUUGUCGCCAGAUACCCCACGAACGCACGCCCCCACCCUCGCGGCGCGCGCCGCCUGCCCACGCAGCGAGCAUGAGAACAAAAGACGAAGGUCAGAAAGCCCGGUGGGCCGGCCCCCGCUUCUUUUCUGGCCAGUCGGCCCUUUGGACAGCAAGCCCGCCGCGACCUCUGAGCGCAGCCCCAGGGCGGGCAGGUCUUUGGGCCCGCAAUGGCACCCAGGCGGGCCAAAAAACAAAGCGGGGGCCCGCCGCACUCAAUUCAGGCGCGGCGCCUGCCCGAUGGUAGUGCUUCGUCACAAUCGGAAGGGGUUCUUGGGCGGGGGGCAGGUUCCAAUAUGAUUUCGGCGGGGCGGCCGGUCGCCCCAUGAAUGGUAUGGCCCGAAGCUUGGGGGCUUGGCCUGGGCCCCCGGGCAGGGAGGGCGCGCGGACUUUCCUGCGGCCGUGUGAGGCUCAUUGGCUCGGAUAGAAGGAGAAGGCAGGCGGCCCACUUCUCAGGCAGCCGGCCCCUGGGGCGCCGGCCCCACGUCAGGUUGCCGGCCCCUGCUGGUUUGGGCGGGAAAAAACGCCGCAGAGACCCCUAAUAGCAAAAUUGGUCGCGCUGGCCUUGGCGCGUUUUCAUUCGCUCCACUGUCCCGAUCAAGCGGCCGCCGCCGGCCUUCCCAGCCACCCCGCCCGCAGCCCUUUUCUCUUUUAAGAAAGCCCAAAACAGGGCCCGGCCCAAGUUUCCUUGGGGUGCUUCUAUCUCCGAUCGCCCUUUUCGCUUUUGGCGUGCGAGCCCCCGAGCCGGCCCCUGGCGUGGGUGUCCGUCCCCUGUUGGCUUCCCCGGACGGCGCGUCGGCCUUUUCGCUGCCUGACAGGCCCACCGAUGGGAAGAUGGAAGCCUGGGCGUGG